GCAUCCGAUCUCCGUUUCCAUACAUCCCUCCCUUCAAAUCCCUUCCUUCCUUCCUUCCAGCGCCAAGGGAACAUCAUCCAUACAUACUAUGGAGAUCGCUCCGGCUACACACCACGGUGUUAACGCACCGGAGAUUGAUAUGCAUGAUGAUGAUGACGAAGAGGAGGAUGUUUGCCGGAUCUGCCGGAAUCCUGGUGACGCCGAUAAUCCUCUCCGCUAUCCUUGCGCUUGUAGCGGUAGUAUUAAGUUUGUUCACCAGGACUGCCUUCUUCAGUGGCUUAAUCACAGCAACGCUCGCAACUGUGAGGUUUGCAAGCACCCGUUUUCAUUCUCACCCGUGUAUGCGGAGAAUGCGCCUGCAAGGCUUCCUUUUCAAGAGUUUGUGGUUGGGAUGGCAAUGAAAGCAUAUCACGUGCUGCAGUUCUUUCUACGGCUUAGUUUUGUGCUUUCCGUUUGGCUUCUAAUCAUACCAUUUAUCACCUUCUGGAUAUGGCGUUUCUCAUUUGUUAGGAAUUAUGGUGAAGCCCAGGGACUGUUCUUGAGUCAUAUCUCUACUACAGUUAUUCUUACCGACUGUCUUCAUGGGUUCUUGCUCUCUGCAAGUAUAGUAUUUAUUUUCCUUGGGGCCACAUCUUUGAGGGAUUAUUUUCGACAUUUGAGAGAAAUUGGUGGGCAGGAGGGUGAGGGAGAAGAUGAAGGUGCUCGUGUUGCGAGAAGGCAACCACAACCUGCUCAAGCUAACAGAAAUCUUGUCGGUGAAGAUGCACAGGGGAUUGCUGGGGCUGGUCAGAUGAUCAGAAGGAAUGCGGAAAACGUUGCAGCUAGAUGGGAGAUGCAAGCAGCACGUCUGGAGGCACAUGUUGAGCAGAUGUUUGACGGUUUGGAUGAUGGGGAUGCUGCAGAGGAUGUUCCUUUCGAUGAGCUAGUUGGCAUGCAGGGCCCUGUUUUCCAUUUAGUGGAAAAUGCAUUUACUGUUCUUGCAAGCAACAUGAUAUUUCUUGGGGUUGUAAUCCUCGUUCCUUUCCACCUAGGACGGUUCAUACUCUAUCAUUUGUCAUCAGCCACCACUCCUGUCUUAUCAACUGGUGUUCUGCUUAGCGAGCAAGCACUUGCCUUGGCUAAUAUCACAUUAAAGAAUGCAUUGACUGGGGUUACCAAUUUCACAUCUGAUAACAAUGUGCUUGGCCAUGUUACAGAGGUGUUAAACGUGAAUUCUAGCGGACUUGUCGAGUCAUCAAACACAAACAAUGUCACAGUUCCAGUUUCGUCAGAUUUUUUGAAAAGUGUGGCCCUUGGGGCAUCAUGGCUGUCAGACGUUACAACUCUUGCUGUUGGCUAUAUAUUCAUUUUCUCGCUUGUCAUGUUCUACUUUGGAGCUAUUGCGGUAAUUAGGUACGUCAAAGGAGAGCCUUUGACCAUGGGAAGGUUAUACAGUAUUGUUUCUAUAGCUGAGGCAAUUCCUUCACUCUUGAGACAGUUUGUGGCCGCAAUGAGACAUUUAAUGACUAUGAUAAAGGUUGCCUUCCUGUUAGUCAUUGAGCUCGGGGUUUUCCCUCUCAUGUGUGGAUGGUGGUUAGAUGUUUGCACUAUAAGAAUGUUUGGCAAGUCUAUGACUCAAAGAGUUGAAUUCUUUUCAGCAUCUCCAUUGGCCAGCUCAUUGAUUCAUUGGGUUGUAGGGAUUGUCUAUAUGUUACAAAUAUCAAUAUUUGUCAGCCUUUUGCGUGGGGUUUUGCGUAAUGGAGUUCUUUAUUUUCUGCGAGAUCCAGCUGACCCCAAUUACAAUCCGUUUCGGGAUCUGAUUGAUGAUCCAGUGCACAAGCAUGCUCGUAGGGUUCUGUUGUCAGUAACUGUUUAUGGGAGCUUAAUUGUAAUGCUGGUAUUUUUGCCGGUUAAGCUUGCGAUGCGAACGGCUCCAUCUGUUUUCCCUCUUGAUAUAUCAGUAUCUGAUCCAUUUACUGAGAUCCCUGCUAACAUGCUUCUGUUUCAAAUUUGCAUCCCGUUUGCUAUUGAGCACUUCAAGUUAAGGGCAACAAUCAAGUCACUUCUUCGCUACUGGUUUACUGCAGUUGGCUGGGCACUUGGUUUAACGGAUUUCCUAUUACCCAGCCCCGAAGAUAAUAAUGAGCAAGAAAAUGGGAACAGAGAUCCUGUAAGGCAGGACAGGCUACUGGGUCAAGAUAGAGCCGUGGUUGGAUAUUUGGCUCCUGAAGAUCUAAACAGAGCCAGGCAGGCAGCAGCUGAUGCUAAUCUUGCAGAAGAAGCUGAUGGCGAUCAACAGUCUGAUUCUGGGAGGUAUGGAGGAUUUGUACUUUGUAUUGUGUUGCUUUUGCUGGCGGCGUGGAUGACUUUGCUCAUCUUCAAUUCCGCUAUUAUUGUGGUGCCUGUAUUCCUUGGACGAGCGCUGUUUAACUCAGUUCCCCUUCUCCCAAUAACACAUGGCAUAAAAUGUAACGACCUGUAUGCAUUCAUUAUCGGAAGUUAUGUCAUCUGGACCGCACUGGCUGGUGUAAGAUAUUCCGUUGAUCAAAUCAAAACACAGAGAGCUACAGUUUUAUUCGGUCAAAUCAUGAAAUGGUGUUCCAUUGUUGCAAAAAGCUCUGUACUGUUGUCUAUGUGGAUUUUCAUCAUCCCGGUGUUGAUCGGCCUGCUGUUUGAGCUUCUGGUUAUCGUACCAAUGCGUGUGCCUGUAGAUGAAAGCCCGGUUUUUCUUUUGUAUCAGGAUUGGGCUCUUGGGCUUAUCUUCCUCAAGAUAUGGACUCAACUAGUAAUGAUGGAUCACUUGUUGCCUCUAGUGGACGACAGCUGGAGAGUGAAAUUUGAGCGGGUGAGGGACCAUGGUUUCUCGAGGCUGCAAGGCUUCUGGGUGUUACGAGAGAUUGUGGUCCCUAUCGUCAUGAAGCUCCUAACAGCUUUGUGCAUUCCUUACGUAUUAGCUAGAGGCGUAUUUCCAGUAUUUGGGUACCCACUAGUAGUCAACUCAGCGGUCUACCGAUUCGCUUGGCUAGGGUGCCUUGGUUUGAGCUUGCUAUGCUUUUGUGUCAAGAGGUUCCAUGUCUGGUUCACCAACCUCCACAACUCAAUAAGAGAUGACCGCUAUUUGAUUGGGCGGCGACUUCAUAACUUUGGGGAAGAUAAGCCGCAGACCCCUCAAGAGGUGGCGGGUCCCAGUGUUGAGACUUCGGGUUUUGCGGGUGAUGCAGAUAUAGGGUUGAGGCACAGGCGCAAUAUACCAAUCGAGGAUUGAGAAGGUACCAGAAACUGGUAAGCAAUCCAUAAUUUAACUUCAGUUGGUGUUUUUCCUUAGCUUUGUGAAUAUGGUUUGUGGUUAGGGAGUCAAAGGGUAUAAAAAUGCAAAACCUUAAAUGUAUUUUGUCAGGGUUUAGUGUAUUGUGCAAUCAUGUCUAUAGUCACACCACUGGGUGUUGACGAAAGUUUGUUGUUCGAGACCCGACUUGGUUGUGAGUUAGCUUGUUCGUUGUUUUUUUUC